AUGGCAACACACACAGAAUCAUACUCAACACUGCCAUCAGCUCGUCAAAGCAAAAUGAAAAUCGACGCCUUACUCAACCCAGGCGAUGGAGAAAUCUCUCCACGAACUCAACACGCCUCAAUCCCACCAUCCCACCGCCACAGCUAUCACCAGCAACCCUCACCAAGCUUCCCUCCAAGCCCAAACUACUGGUACAACCGCUCUUAUCACGACACCAGCUCAGGCGCACUCUCAAGCACAACAACAACCACCACCCAGAGCACUAGCACAAACGCCAGUCACCACAGUGUAAACCCUUCUCAAUCCCACCAGAUGUUCUUCACCUACCGCCCCUCAAACAGCGCAAACGCACACCGCGCAAGCGCAAGCACAAACCAAAGCUCGUUGUCCGCGCCCUCUUCGCCGGACCCUUACCAUCCCCGCGAGCGCUACUCAAGCGUCUCGAGUUCGUCUUCGACGAACGGCGACCGUCGUCGUCCUCCCCGUCCAAAGUACGAGGAAGAGGAAAUGUACUUCAUCUGGUACCACCGUGUCGAUCUGUGUCAGGAGUGGAAGGAGGUCCGGGAGGCUUUCAAUCGCCAGUUCCCGGACCGUCAGAGACGUGGCUUCCAGGGUAUCCAGUGCAAGUUUUAUCGCUUCAUUAAGGAGAAGAAGUGUCCGACUCUGCGUGAGCAGAGGCGGAUGCGGGAUGGGGAGUUCCUGAGAGAAGGGGCUUCGGCUGCGCUUGCUGGGGAUCAUGGAGCAGCGCCCAAGUUUGGGGUUAGGGAAUAUACUAAUGUUUGGUAUCCUUGGAUGAGGAAGGAAGGGGAUGUUGCGUUGCGACGGUGA